AAAACAAUUUGCGGAACGAGGAUCAAGAGUUUGCCGCCGCGAAUAACCUUUACCUGAUGAUUGAAUCGAGAUCCUGAUCAAUUCACAAUGAGUGAAUUUAGGAUACACCAUCUGGUCAGUGAGCUGAUGAAAGUCUUGGGGACACAAGGGAAGGAGGGUCCUGAAGUCUACACAGAUCUCCUGUUGAAGAAUGUCACUCCCUACAUCACCACACAAGUCUCGUCCCAUUCUGCCAAGAGGAAGAUUGCAGAGUUCACCAAAUCCCCAGCUGAAUUCCUCAACAAAUAUGAUGAACUCAAAUCAAAGAAUGUGAGAGAUUUAGAUGCUCUGGUGUACCUGCUCUCCAAGCUGUCAGAGGACAAAGAUGUGGUAUCAACGCUCAAGGACAACUCUGACAAGCUACUCAUGCCGAUGGACAAGAUCAGUCUUCCAGCUUCAGGCACCAAGAUGUCAGAGGAAGAUGUAUUAGAGCUGCGUAACCAGCUACUUGCCGCAUCCUCUGUUGCAUCUAGCCAAGCUUCAGAAGUCUUCAGAAAGAUGAUGAGAGAGAAACAAGCAAAGAAAAACACAUCUCUGAGCCUUCCCGUCCUAUCACCCUGGGUCUUUGAGAGACCAUUCCUGACAGGUGAUUUUGUCAAGGUCUCAAGGCCUACCAUAGAGCCAGGUAUUCCUCUGGGCACACUCCCUCUGGGAAUGCAGGAGAUGACCAUAGUCCAUGAUCUGCUCACUGUUAUGAUGGGCACGGAAGGGAAAUACAUCCUGGUACGGCAGUCUUCAGACGGAUCAGUCACACCUUACACAUUCCAAGUUGACCGUUCUCUGGACACGUCCCUCCAAGAGCUGGUCAAUCGAAUCCUUCCCAUAUGUAAUAACUACUCCACGGUCAUGCACUUUAUCGAGGACAAGUCAUCCUUUGAGUUUGGUGUUGUCAACCACGCUCUCUGUGGGGCCAUGAGGACAUUAGUCAAGGAGUACAACAUUUUAAUAGCCCAGCUGGAGCAUCAAUUCAAGCAAGGCCAGCUACCGUUACAGAGGUUCUGGUUCUAUAUGCAGCCCUGCAUGCAGACCAUGGAGAUACUAGCAUCUAUCUCAUCAUCAGUGGACAGGGGAGCCUGCGCUGGAGGCUCGGUGCUUAGCCUGCUGCAUGAGAAGACUGUCACCAUGAUUGGUGAUAUGCGAGCACAGGAGCUGUGUCUGUUCCUUACCCAGUCGGCCUGUGCCCCUUACUUUGAGAUCCUGGAGAAGUGGAUCUACAAGGGAAUCAUCAAAGACCCAUACUGUGAGUUUAUGAUUGAAGAGAAUGAAGCCCUACAAAAAGAGAAGCUUCAGCAGGAAUACAAUGAUGCUUACUGGGAGCAGCGCUACACCAACUGCCGAGAAAGGAGCCCAAUCUUCCUGGAGACCAUCGCUGAUAAGAUCCUCAGGACUGGCAAAUACCUCAACGUCGUCAGACAGUGUGGCCAUGAUCCAAGAUGUCCCAAUGCUGAAGAGAUCCUGUACACACUGAAAGAGAGACAGUAUGUGGAUCAGAUAGAUAAGGCUUACCAGUAUGCCAGCAAGCUGCUUCUACAGCUACUCAUGGACGAGAGAGAAUUGGUCCAGAGACUUGGGUCUAUCAAGCGAUAUUUCUUAAUGGAGCAAGGAGACUUCUUUGUGCAUCUGAUGGACAUCACAGAGGAGGAGAUGAAGAAGAGAGUAGAUGAUAUCAUACCAAGCAGACUGGAAUCUCUUCUGGAGCUAGCUGUUAGGACCAGCCAGGCUAACUCAGAUCCAUUCAAAGAUGAUCUUAGAGUUGACCUCUUGCCCUAUGACCUCAACACCCAGCUCCUCAGAAUCCUGUCAAUUGAAUCCAGGCAAGAAAAAGCCAUGCUUCAUGAAAUGGACCCUACGGAGCUCAACAUCUCAGGUUUAGAAGCGUUCUCAUUUGACUAUGUGGUGAGGUGGCCAGAAUCACUCAUUCUCAGCAGGAAGGCUUUGACCAAAUAUCAGAUGCUGUUCAGGCAUCUAUUCUACUGCAAGCAUGUUGAGAGAACACUUUGCAAUAUCUGGCUGUUGAACAAGGAGGCCAAGCGGUUCACCCUCUAUUCAUCACGUUGGUAUGCUGCAGCAUUUGCUCUUCGUCAGCGCAUGCUUCACUUGGUGCAGAAUCUCCAGUACUAUAUGAUGUUUGAAGUCGUGGAGCCCCACUGGCAUAUACUGCAAGACAACCUCAGAAAGGUGUCAAACAUUGAUGAUGUCCUGUCCCAUCACACAGACUUCCUAGAUCAGUGCCUCAAGGAUUGUAUGCUCACCAAUCCAGACAUUAUCAAGAAUGUCAGUAAACUCAUGCUCGUCUGUGUCACCUUUGCUAAUUGCAUACAGAGAGUAACCCAGACGAUGAAUGUGGAAGCAGAGGUAAGCCGGCUUAUAGAUACUGGUACCCCACCAAAGAGUGACAAGGACAAAGAUAAACAGGAUUCUGAGAGGAGAAGAACAACCACAAAGGUUGUAAGUGAGCACAUUGAACAGCUGAAUGCCAGCGACGACUUCACCAACACCGUCCACAACUUUGACUCCAACUUCUCCUCGCUUCUCAUCUCGCUCCUGGACAAGCUGAGUCUGUUCAGCACAGCCAACUGUGAGCACAACAUGAUGAACAUUAUCCACAGGUUGGAUUUCAAUGGAUUCUAUACCGUCAGGCUUGAGAAGCUGGCUGCAGACAGGAGCAUGGCGGCCCAUAGAGACGAAGACUUGAUGGAUGUGGGCGGGGCCGAAGCAAGAUAGAAAUACAGGUUACAUGAUCUGGGGGCUGUUUCACAAAGAUUCUAAAUCAAACUUAACUCUAGGUUGGACUUAACAUUAUGGAGAGCCAUUUGU